AGAAUCAUCUCACACAUAAAGACAUCAAGGAGCCUCCACAUCAUGUGCCACAUCCCAGUCUUCUGUUGGAUUUCUGCAAUAGUCCUUGAACACAUGCUGAAACAUAAGAGAGAAGAGAUGCCCAAGACUCUGACUGAGAUGUACAUACACCUUGUGGUGUUUCAUACCAAAAAGAAGAAUGAAAAGUAUCUUGGGACAGAAGAGACAGGUCUACACUGGAAUAAAGAGAGCAUUCUGUCACUGGGAAAACUGGCUUUUCAACAGCUUGUCAAGGGCAAUCUGAUUUUCUAUGAAGAAGACCUGAAAGAGGCUGGCAUAGAUGUCAAUGAAGCCUCAGUGUACUCGGGAUUGUGCACACAGAUCUUUAAAGAGGAAUGUGGGCUGUACCAGGACAAGGUGUACUGCUUUGUGCAUCUGAGCAUUCAGGAGUUUCUGGCUGCUGUAUAUGUGUUUCUCUCAUUCAUCAACAACAAUGAGAAUCUAAUGGCCAAACCGCAAUCAACAUCCAGAAACAUUUUUGCGCUCUUCAGAGACAAGCCUGCGGUUACUCUCUACAAGAGUGCUGUGGAUAAAGCCUUACAAAGUGAGACGGGAAACUUGGACCUUUUCCUUCGCUUCCUUCUGGGCCUCUCACUGAAGUCCAAUCAGAAGCACUUACGAGGUCUACUGACAAAGACAAGAAGCAGCUCACAGAGCCAUGAAGAAACAGUCAAGUACAUCAAGGAGAAGAUCAGGGAGAAUCCCUCUCCAGAGAGGUGCAUCAAUCUGUUCCACUGUCUGAAUGAACUGAAUGACCAUUCUCUAGUGGAGGAGAUCCAAAGCUUCCUGAGCUCAGGAAGUCUCUCAGAAGCCAAACUGUCACCUGCACAGUGGUCAGCUCUGGUCUUUGUGUUGCUGACUUCAGAAAAGGAGUUGGAUGUGUUUGACCUGAAGAAAUACUCCAGGUCAGAGGAAGGUCUUCUGAGGCUUCUGCCAGUGGUCAUAGCAUCCAGAGCUGCUCUUUCAAACCCUUCACACCUGAGAGAGCUGGAUCUGAGUAACAAUGACCUGAAGGAUUCAGGAGUGGAGCAUCUCUCUGCUGGACUGGGGAAUCCCCACUGUAAACUGGAGACUGUGAGACUGUCAGGCUGUCUAGUCACAGAGGAAGGCUGUGGUUAUCUGGUCUCAGCUCUGAAGUCAAACCCCUCACACCUGAGAGAGCUGGAUCUGAGUAACAAUGACCUGAAGGAUUCAGGAGUGAAGCGUCUCUCUGCUGGACUGGGGAAUCCACACUGUAAACUGGAGACUCUGAGGCUGUCACACUGUCAAGUCACAGAGGAAGGCUGUGCUUCUCUGGUCUCAGCUUUGAGGUCAAACCCCUCACACCUUAGAGAGCUGGAUCUGAGUAACAACGACCUGAAGGAUUCAGGAGUGAAGCUGCUGUCUGCUGGACUGAGGAAUCUCCACUGUAAACUGCAGACUCUGAGGUCAGUAUUCCUGUGCUGUCAGGUCACAGAGGAAGGCUGUGGUUCUCUGGUCUCAGCUCUGAGGUCAAACCCCUCACUCCUGAGAGAGCUGCAUCUGAGUAACAAUGACCUGAAGGAUUCAGGAGUGAUGCUGCUCUCUGCUGGACUUGGGAAUCCCCACUGUAAACUGGAGACUCUGAGGCUGUCAGGCUGUCUAGUCACAGAGGAAGGCUGUGAUUCUCUGGUCUCAGCUGUGAGGUUAAACCCCUCACACCUGAGAGAGCUGGACCUGAGCUACAAUCACCCAGGAGACUCAGGAGUCAAACUACUCUCUGCUGGACUGGAGGAUCCCCACUGCAGACUGGAGAAACUGAAUGUGGAACAUGGUGGAGAGAACACGAUGAAACCUGGGUUUAGAAAAUAUGUCUGUGAUCUCACAUUGGACCCAAACACAGUAAACAGACUCCUCUCUCUGUCUGAGGAGAACAGAAAGGUGACAUGUAAGACAGAGGAGCAGCCAUAUCCUGAUCACCCAGAGAGAUUUCUGGACUGGCAGCAGGUGCUGUGUAGAGAGGGUCUGACUGGACGCUGUUACUGGGAGGUAGAGAGGAGUGGGAGAAGGGCUGUUAUAGGAGUGGCUUAUAAAGGAAUCAGUAGAAGAGGAGAGGGAAAUGACUGUGUUAUUGGAUACAAUGACAGGUCCUGGAGUUUGUUCUGCUAUGACAACCGUUACUUUGCCUGGCACAAUAAUAACCCCUCUACCAUAGCCAUCCCCUCCUCCGGCUCACACAGAGUAGGAGUGUAUCUGGACUGGCCAGCCGGCACUCUGUCCUUCUACAAACUCUCCUCUGACACACUGACCCACCUGUACACAUUCUACACCACAUUCACUGAGCCCCUCUACCCAGCGUUUCAUGUUUGGGAUGACUCCUCAGUGUCCCUGAGUCAGGUGGUCCCUGUGUCAAACACAGCAUGAUGUUUCACUCUAAUCAUAUGUUUUAAAUUUGAUCACAAUAUGACAUUUAAUUAGCGGUUCUGGUGAAAAUUUUGCUUUAAGUAUCUCCACAAUAUACCCAUAUGUCGUGGGCGGGAGGUAGCGUAGUGGUUAGAGCGUUGGGCCAGUAACCGGAAGGUUGCUGGAUUGAAUCCCAGAGCUGACAAGGUCAAAAUAUGUUGUUCUGCCCUUGAGCAAGGCAGUUAACCCACUGUUCCCCGUGCGCCGUGGAUGUCGAUUAUGGCAGCCCCCCGCACCUCUCUGAUUCAGGGUUGGGUUAAAUGUGGAAGACGCAUUUCAGAUGAAUGCACUUGCCUCUGCUAGCAAUACACUCUGAUAACAUUAGCUGACACUGUACCACAGAAAAUAACAGUUGUAAAAACCGACUUCUUACAGACAAUAGUUCGUAUAGAUUCAGACUUACUUACCACCUAUCUUUUGUUAUGUCUCGUGGGUUUCAUUACCACGUCUGUAUAACAAUUCAAUAAUGAUUAGACAGGAGACAGGAAUCAGUUCAAACGUUUAUCUGGAACAUGAUCAUCUCAAAAUAUACAAACCCCCAUGAUGCUCUGCAGCACAACCCCAAUAUACAACAAAUACAUACACAAAUAAGCAAAUGGACACUAAACAAAACUCAUAGAGGAAUUUAAAUGUUAAGUUCUAGAAUGUAGGUCCAUGGGAUAGGGUCAGAAAGGUCAGCAUGUUUGAUAACUGGUUACAGAGGUGACAUAACAAGCAUAAGGUUCAUAAUAACACAGUGAAGUGGAGGUGGGAGCUAAAAGCAGACAUGGACAGUGGGACGGUGUGAGGAGGUCAGGGGUGAAACACUAGAUCAGGACAGGUAGAAGUGGCAGGGCUGUAAAUAGACACAGAGACACAUUCUGAUCAUGGCUCAGACCUGACCUGAGACCAGUGGCGACCAGUCAUUCAGGGCAGGUGGGGCAGAGCAUCUGUUUUGAGCCCCACAUUUUUAACAAUAAUAAAUAAUACAUUUUGGGCUUGACUGUUUUGCAUGUUAUUUUGGCAUUAAUACGUGUUACAUAACAGUUUGCAAACAAUGUAAAAAAAUAAAUACACUACCGGUCAAAAGUUUUAGAACACAUUUACAUUUACGUCAUUUAGCAGACGCUCUUAUCCAGAGCGACUU